AUGAGCUUCUUCCUCGUCAAGCCUGCCGAGGCACAAACUGUACCGGCUGCCAGAAUGGCCGCAAGUGCUGUUAUCUCCGAGACUACCCCUUCUGCUGCAGCUGUUAAGUUGUUUAUCAAUGAUGUUCUCAAGCCAAACUUGUGA